GCCCCCCCCGACCCCCCCCGACCCCCCGGGCCUCCCCGCAGAGCCUCAGCCGCCGCGGACCCCGUCCCGCACCGCUCCGCGCCGCGGCCGGCUGCCCCCCCGAGCUCCGCGGGCGGCGAUGGCACCGGGCGGGCUCUGACCGCCGCCCCGUCCGGGGCUCGCCGCCGCACCGGAGACCGCCGAGGAGCACCGUGCCUGCAGCGGAGCGAGGACCCCCCCUCUCCGACCCGAGCCGACCCGCUCGCCCGCCGCCGGCUCCCGCCCUCGCCGUCGAGACUUCGCCGCGGCCCCGCCUGGACUCCGGCCGCUGCCGCUUUUCGGGGAGCCCCCGAGGAAGAGCCCUGGCCCGGAGGCCGGCGGCGCGGAGAGAGGCUCCGCGGCCCGGGCGGGGACCGGCGCCCGUCCAUCCCGCCGCGGCGCCCUGACGGGGAGUCGCCGCCGCUCGGCAGAGCCCCGCGCCCGGAGCGGGGCCGCCGGGGGCCGCCGCCGCCCCGCACCCACCGGAGCCGGAGCCGGUGCCGCCGCGCCGGGGCCCCCGCCGAGAUUGCUUUUGGAGGAGCGGAGCGCGGCGGGGGCGAGGAGGAGGAGGAGGAGGAGGAGGAGGAGGAGGCGGCGGCGGGAGAGGAGCCCGGAGGAGGCGGCCGCCAGCGCGGGGCGGGCGGCGGCUCGCCGGGGCGGCGGGGGGACACCAUGUCCAAGCCAGUGGAUCACGUCAAGAGGCCGAUGAACGCCUUCAUGGUGUGGUCGCGGGCGCAGCGGCGGAAGAUGGCCCAGGAGAACCCCAAGAUGCACAACUCGGAGAUCAGCAAGCGCCUGGGCGCCGAGUGGAAGCUGCUGACCGAGUCGGAGAAGCGGCCCUUCAUCGACGAGGCCAAGCGGCUGCGGGCCAUGCACAUGAAGGAGCACCCCGACUACAAGUACCGGCCCCGGCGGAAGCCCAAGACGCUGCUCAAGAAGGACAAGUUCGCCUUCCCCGUGCCCUACGGGCUGGGCGGCGUGGCGGACCACGAGCACCCGCACGGGCUGAAGGCGGGCGGGUUGCACGGCGCCGGGGCCGGCGGGCUGGUGCCCGAAUCCCUGCUCGCUAACCCCGAGAAGGCGGCGGCCGCCGCCGCCGCCGCCGCCGCCCGCGUCUUCUUCCCCCAGUCGGCCGCCGCCGCCGCCGCCGCCGCGGCCGCCGCCGCCGCCAGCAGCCCCUACUCCCUGCUGGACCUGGGCUCCAAAAUGGCCGAGAUCUCCUCCUCUUCCUCAUCCUCGGGCUCGGGGCUGCCUUACGCCUCUUCGCUGGGCUACCCCGGCGCCGGCGGGGCGGGCGCCUUCCACGGGGCCGCCGCCGCCGCCGCCGCCGCCGCGGCCGCCGCCGGGGGGCACACGCACUCGCACCCGUCGCCCGGGAACCCGGGCUACAUGAUCCCCUGCAACUGCAGCGCCUGGCCCGGCCCGGGGCUGCAGCCCCCGCUGGCUUACAUCCUCCUGCCCGGCAUGGGCAAGCCCCAGCUGGACCCUUACCCCGCAGCCUACGCCGCGGCCCUAUGACCCGCGGCCGGAGGGUGCCCGCGCAGGGACCCGGCGCCCGCCCGGGUGGGUGCCGGUGCAUCCGUGCGGCCGAGGAGGGGGGCGACCCGCCGCCGGGGCCGGGGGGGGCGGGGGCGGACUGUGGGGCCGGGAGCGGCGGGGCCGCCGCCGACCUGUUGCGCGUC